ACUUCAGCCACAAAUAAUAAGAAUUAUUUCCCAGUAGAAAGGGAUUAGAAUCUCAAAAGUUUUUAAAAAUCAAUUUGAAGGAAUCAAAUUGCUCACGACAGUUUAUGAGAAGGAUGUUGCUGUAUUUUUUCCUGGCUGUGGAUCUUAGCUUGGCUGCUCCAUUGAACAGAGAUGUAUAUAAACUGCCACUCAGCGCCUUGGAAGAGUUAUCCAACAAAGGCACAACAAUUUUGGAAGCAGUGCUGAAGAAUGUUUUAUUAAAGUUAGAUGAAGUGACCAGGAACAGAGUUCACCACUUGGAAGAAUGCAAUUACUGCCCAGCAUGUCUGUUCAACAACUGUGGAAAUAGAGCUACCCAGUGUGGAGUCAUGCCUACCUCUGAGCCAAACUGUGACACUAUUUUAAGAGCAAACUUGCUGGAAUCUGAGUCUGAGCGCCAAUGGGAGCUGAGUAAGGCCUGUUGGUAUUAUCAGACGUACUGCCCAAAAGGAGGGCAUCGUAAGCUGAGCUGUCUGAAACAGAUGGAAGAACGCUGUCACGCCCGGAUAUUUCAGUGCAGUCAGACAGACAACAUGAAGAGCUUGAAUUCCAUGUUAAACUCAGAAAGGAAAGUCACUUGUGGUCAAAAAGCAGCGACAACCAAUUACACUGUUGCCAUGGGGAGGAUUGUUGGUGGGAACAGAGCAGCUCCUGGGAGCUGGCCAUGGCUGGUAUUGUUAAAACUGAAUGGAAAUGUGAUGUGUGGAGGCGUGUUGGUGCAACAUUCAUGGAUUAUGACAGCAGCACAUUGCUUCACAGGGAACAGAAAUGAGAAUUACUGGCAAGUAGUUGUUGGUGAAUAUGACUUGAAAAAGCAAGAUACUGAAGAAAGAAUUUUGCAAAUCAACCGGAUCAUCACACACCCCAAGUUUAACCAAAGGACGUUCAACAAUGACAUUGCCCUCCUGGAAUUGACUGUACCUAUAGCCAUAUCAGAACAUGUGAACUUUGUGUGUUUGCCAGAAAGCAUUGGAGAGCUUCCUCCUGGGACAAUGUGUUACAUUGCAGGCUGGGGAUCACUCUAUGAAGAUGGACCAUAUGCAGAUGUGCUAAUAGAAGCAAAAGUGCCUUUGCUGGGUCAGAGUACAUGUAGAUCUGCACUAGGAAAGGAGUUGGUCACCAGUCAAAUGUUUUGCGCUGGGUAUCUAUCCGGCAAUGUGGAUUCCUGCCAGGGAGACUCUGGAGGACCAUUGACCUGCAUGGAUCCUGUAUCUAAGCAAUAUUACUUGUAUGGGAUUACAUCUUGGGGUGAUGGCUGUGGACAGCCAGGAAAACCAGGGGUUUAUUCCAGGGUACCCAGUUUUAUAAACUGGAUUAACAAUGAAAUAAAAAAAUCUCCUGGAAGUCGAGAGCCAACCUGCUUUGACUUUCAUAAACUCUCAGAGAUGCAGGAUGCACAGCAAAAAUCUGAAGUUACCCGACUCUGUGCAUUCUAUCAUAGAUUCUGCCCACCUUUAUUGGGAACAACAGCUUGCAGUCGAUGCAUUGAGGAAAGAUGCAGAGGGAAAAUGAAAAAAUGUGAACUCGGGACAUUUUUGCAGAAAUUGCUGGACCUGCUUCACCCAGUGGAAGAAUUUUUCCGCAUUCGAGACAGUUUCUCCUUCUUUACAGAGACAAUCCCGAAAUUCAUGGAGAACAUUUACACAAACAUUUUUCCAUCCCAAGGGCAGCGCUUAGCAAAGCACGGGAAAGAAGAAUGGACACAAAGAAAAGAUCUGUUAGAAGAAAGAAAUGGACUGUCGCUGGAAACUAAUUUAGAGUUAAAUAUUCAGCAGAAUAUUAGCAACAGAACUGUAGAAAUGGGAACAAAAGAAGUUCAAAACUUGUUUAAAGGUAUUGGACCUGAUUUGUACAAUUGGAUGAAUUAUUUUACUAAGAACGCAGAUUUCCUUGACGUGGACAAAGAACAGAAUAAUACAGGCGUAAAAGAAGGGCAACUCUUUUUUCAGAAUUCCACAAUACAGAUGGAAUCUCUGAAAGAAGACAUUCAAAGUCUGUUGAGGAGUUUGAGCUCCCAGCCUGAGAUAGCUGAGCUACGAUCUGCCAUGCAGAAAAUUACACAUGAAGCAGAGAGAUUGUCUCCAACAUCUUUGAAGGAGAAUGGGCUAAAUUCAUCUAAAAAUAACUUAAGAGUGAAGAAACAAGGUGAUUUAAGUGUUGUACAAGACUCUGGGAUGUUUUUGAAAACCAAUGGUUGUCAGAGCAUCAAUGAAUCACUACUCAAUGUCAGUUUAUUGAUGGGUGAAUAUAAAUGGAUCCUAUCUAUACCAGUAGAGAAGUUGUCAAUGAGAUUUCAAGAGGUUCUGGUUGACAUGACUUCUAAAAACGAGAAAGGGCUAUUUAAAGCACGUGUAAAAGCUACAGUUGGAGGUCGCCUUGCCACUUUUAACAGUUUGGUUGGAUUGGAGAAUGGCUCCUUUUACAGAAGCAUGGCACGAGUUAUUGGCCAGGCCUUGGAUGUUUUACAAACGUAA